AUGCAGCAACAAGGAGUGGCUGUCGCUCAGCAUGAUAAGGCUGCAAACCGCCAUCAGGCCCUUGGUCAUCCACCCAUCCAGCCUGGAGUUCCGAAAGCUGCAGUUGCGCCUACGCCAGCGCCUGUAACUCCACCCAAUCCGCAAAUGAAUCAAGUUGUAAUUAGCGCUGAAAGAAUGAAAAAUGUUACAAUACGACCUGGUUUCUCCUAUUUUCUGGUAUCGAUUCCUUUUGUGGCUGGCUCCAAAGUUGGUCUUUUGUUGAAACACUUUGAAAACGUGGUAUUCGUCUUUGGUGUGGAGGCAGACUCAUUGACUGCUCAAACAAUGAAACCUAUGGAUCGAAUUAUCGACGUUAAUGGAGUACCCGUUAAGGACAAGGAUCUUUGUAAGAAACUAAUACUCGACAAUUUAGUGAUAAAUGGGGAAGCUGAUAUGAUUGUUGAGCGCCCUGUUGAAACUGCCGCCGUCAGUGUAAUGGCGAAAUCGAUGGCAAUGUCACAGAUGCAGCCACCAUCAGUAGCUUUGCCUGACGAUGUAAAAUCUAUUCUACGCCGUUAUAACGAGAAAUUAAAACAAGGGCUUGGGAAGGCAGAGCCGUUUCACGCUCUCGUUGAUCCGAAAAACCCGAAUCGAGUGAUACAACAGCCAAAACGUGAGGCUCAUCUCGAUCCGACUGUGUCUCAUAUUUCCGUGAUUAUUCCGACUGAUGACGAAAGUAGACUCAAUGAACUUGUGAAAGUACCACCACGUCCACGCUUGCAGUAGGCGACCAGUAUUUGUGAUCUCAA